AUGGGCACACUAUCUUCGCUCUCCUUGUGCCUGACUGUGGCCUUAGCCUGCGUCACAAUGGUGGCGACCAAGCACUGCUAUUACUGUGACCUUACCAAUAUGGGCAACUGCGUGGGCACUCCCAUGUACUGCGGGGAAGAAGAGGACUGCUACUAUGGACGAGGUACCGCCACUGGCCUCACCCACAUUGUCAACAGGGGAUGCGUAGAAGCCACUCACUGCAACAGGGAAUGGCCUAUCAGUUACAUGGGGGCCACCUACAGCUUCGUCACCUACUGCUGCCAUGGAAACCUCUGUAAUGCUGGCCCUCCUGGCCCAAAGCAAGCUCCACUAAGCUUCACCACCAUCAUCUCGGGGCUGAGCCUAACCCUGCUUCUGGGCUGGAUUCUGUGA